AUGAACUUCUUCUUAGACUAUGCAAUUUGUAACCGUGGGACGACCAGCGCCUACGCGCCCAAGGAGUACCAGCAUUUUGAGCAAGGGAGCCCUUCCUUCCCAGCUUGUGCAGGUACCAUUCCUUCCUGUGACAGCUAUCAUUCAGAGGGACGUUUCGGGGUGACAGGGGUGGGCACUGCUGGUGGGCCCAACGCCCACCACCAUCAUCACCACCAGCAGAGCUCAAGCUACCCUCCUCCUCCUCCUCCUCUUCCUCCCAACCCGGCGGGCCUUGGCAUCCCCUUCGCAGGAUCCUCUCCGACAGGAGGAGGAACCUACUCCACAACCCCCGGCCAAAGCUUCGUCAACCAACAAUUCUUCUUCAACCCCUCGGAGACCACUACGGAUGGAGGUUACUUCCAGGCGACAGCCUACCCAGCCGGGGUGGCUGCAGCUCCUGCUCCUGCUACCACUACUGCCACUUCGCUGCCUUCUUCCAGCCUGGGAGGUUUACCUGACGGCUUCCCCUGUGCCCCAACGGGCCAGUUCCAGCCACAUCUCUAUGGGCCUGAACAGGGGGGCUACCUACAAGGGGGAUUUGGCAACGUUUCUCCACCUUUGCACGACAACAAAGACCCGAGGGCCCAGCCAUGCCCCGUGGCUGCCGCCGCCAACCUCACCGCCAGCCAAACCUUUGACUGGAUGAAAGUGAAACGGAAUCCACCCAAAACAGCGAAAGUGUGCGACUACGGCUUGGCCGCGCACCCCAGCACCAUCCGGACCAACUUCACCACCAAGCAGCUGACGGAGCUGGAGAAGGAAUUUCACUUCAGCAAGUACCUCACGCGAGCGCGGCGGGUGGAGAUCGCCGCCACCCUGGAGCUCAGCGAGACCCAGGUGAAGAUCUGGUUCCAAAACCGGAGGAUGAAGCAGAAGAAGAGGGAGAAGGAGGGGCUGGCCGGCCCGCCCGCCCCCCGCGGCCUCGCCAAGGAACCGGCCGAGGCCGCCUCGGAGGGAUCCCCCGACAGCAGCUCCUCUACGCCCGACGCCUCCCCCGGCUCGGUAACCUCUUGA